AUGUUCCUUGCUGCUUGCUUCUGCGGCCUUCUCGGCCUCCCGGCUGUCCGCGCGGACGGCUGGGAUGACUUCUCGAAUAAUCUCGCAACCGAUCUGGCACCGUUUCUAUCCCUCUUCGGCGAGCAGAUCACGAAGCAAUACCUCAGCGAAAGCAUUACUCCGCUUGAUUAUUUCAUAUUCGCAAUGGCACCCAUGGGCAUCCUGACGGCAGUCGUCUCUGCGAUUCGCGUGUGCGGGAGCCCGUCGCUGCGCGCCUUCGUCGGCAGAGCGCAAGAAGGGGGAGGGAAUGCGGAGGCCGAGUUGUGUUCCUCAACGAGCCGCGAUGUGUGCGAACUCUACAACAACGGUGGCAUUGCGCGUGUCUUCGGUCGCCCAAAGAUCCUAGAAGUCGUUUACGACCAAGAUCUGUCACCAGGUGAUUUCGAGAAAGAAGGGAAGGCGGGAAUAUACACGUUUCAAGAGUAUCUCGAAGAAAAAGGCAAGGACAAGUGGUAUCGACGCAAGGACAAGUGGUAUCGGUGCCAUUGGAAAGACAAUGAGGACGUGGAGCGGGACCCAAGCCAGGAACCCCCUCACCCGGCAUUUGCUCCGAAUCUCUCUCUCAACAUUGGGAUCCAGAAACAAGACCCAGCCGUUUUCUGGACAGUCGCUAUUGGCGGCUUCAUUCUGCAGGCUGGUGUUUUGGUUUUUGCCGUCAUUGUGACGUACUAUCUACAAUGGGAGAAGAACGGCAGUCGUCCAGAAUCGUAUGCCUGCCCACUGGUUAUCAUUGGAACUCUUCUUGUUUGCGGCGGGAUCUUUCAUUGCGCAUUUCUUGUGGGCCAGAGUACCGACGAAGAAAUUUGGCGUAAGAAAGAGAGCCACGGAUCGUCAUCGUCCAUAUAUUGGGUGCAGCCUGGAGGACAAGUUCUUGGGGAUCAAACAUUUGACCCAUUCUCCUACGGUGAUUGCGAUGCACCUCUGCAAGAAUACAUCACCUCAUGGAAGAAGCAAUCAAAAAAUUCGGAACUCGCCGUUUGGGCAGCUGUUGGUACCACUAUCUCUGGCUUUGUGCUGCAGUUCAUCGGCCUACGGGCCAUACAUUCAGCAAUCUCCGUGGCCCAGCUUGGUGCGAUAAUGGUGAUGAGUGCGGCACGGGCAGCACUCCGUAUGCAGCGGUUGAAGCCGGAUGCUAACUCCUUUGCCAAGAACCCGGACGAGGUUGUCGGGCACGAGCUUGACUGGCUUACCCUGCGCAUUGGCCGAAAAGAUAUCCAACAAGACCUAGUCCGCGAUCCCUGCGAGGAAUUUCGAGAUCGAAAUGGUCGAGGUCCGACUUGA